AUGGCUUCAUCUAAUCACCACCAUCACCACCACCACCCUUUGAAGCUCUUAGAAAUCAGCGUCCUCUCAGCCCAACACCUCGCACCCGUGUCCAAACUCUUACGAACCUACGCCGUGGCAUGGGUUGACCCUGACCAAAAAUUAACCACCAAAGUGGACCACCACGGCCACACCAACCCCACCUGGAACUACCGCUUCGUGUUCCGUGUCAACGACGAUUUUCUCAACUCUGCUGCUUCCGCCAUCACCAUUGAAAUCUACAAUGUCUCGUGGUUGCGAGACAUCCCCAUUGGCACCGUCACUGCCCUCAUCACCGACAUCCUCCCUCCCUCGCUCCGAUCCCAAAAAAACUCCACCAUCCGAUUAGUCCCCCUCCAGAUCCGCCGCCCCUCUGGCAGCUUCCACGGCGUUCUCAACCUUGGUGUCAACCUCAUCGACUGCACCCGUCGCAGCAUGCCUCUCGAUAGCCAACUCAGCCCUGCCACCACCAUUCAAAUCGACGUGAAAGAAGAUAAAAAUAAAGAGAACAUUAUUAUGCAACCAAAUGAUGCCAAGAUGAAAAAGUUGUGGCGGUCACGGAGCGAGCGCAGCAUUAUGACUGCGUCGGUAAAAGGGGAACAUUCAGGUUCGAAAGGUGUAUCGGAUGAGAGUCGUUUGAGUUUUGGAAAGCGUUCGAGGUCUAAGGCCACGACGCGGUCGAGUGCUUCGUAUAUGAGGCCUAUACCUUCAGAGGUGGCAGCGUUUAUGGCGAAAGGGUUGUAUUCGGAUGUGGGGAGCUCUAUAUUCGAGAACUGGACGGUGGUGGGUGAUAACAAUGAGAAUUCAUCGUCAAAACACAAGGUGGCAAUGUGGAAGAAGAAAAAUGAUGACGGCGAUCAAUAUGAUCGUCGUCAUCAUUCGAAUUUGAAGAAGAAGAAGAAUUCGAAAUCCAUUGCAGAAGGAUUGCUUUCUUGCUUUGGGAUUACUUGCGGGUAUGAGUGCAACAUCAUGUGUGGGACUUCUAAAAACAAGAACAAGAGCAAGAACAAGAACAUGAACAUGUUUGGUGUGAAUCAUUCUUCUGAAAACAUACAUUUGUUACACAGGUGA